CAUAUUGAAAGUACUCUCCAUCGGCGAAUAUGAGCCGCGAAGAUAAAGGCAAUGGUAGCAGCGUAAACGACAAAACUUUGCAAUUCACGGCGUCACUGCUGUGUGAGCUGCCCUCAACAACAACCCAAAAUUCACAGCUAGAAUCCAUACAUUCUUCAAUUCAGGACCAAAAGGCGCCGUGGAUCGCCGUUUACGGGUCUAAAUGUGCAGUUAUAGUAGGCGACAGGACUCAGGUGCAGCUCGUGGACGUAUUAGAUCUCGACGGAGCGAAAAAUGCAGCGCAGAUAACCAUCGAGACCCAUGAAAAGGUGCAGGCGAUGGCCUUCAGCAUCUGUGGAAAAUUUCUAGCGCUUGCAGACGCUACAGGAACGUUGUCUCUAUACAAGAGCAAUGGUACACUAUUGUUCGGACACCAAGUGGUGCGCGGGGGCUCGGACUGUGUCGUUUCAAUUAAAUUUGCCACUUCACAAGGCUUGAGUGGCGCGCAGGAGGUGGUGGUGGUGACAAAACAUGGAAUAUUAUUGCUGUUGGGUAACUUGAAGCUCGCGGAAUUCGAGGAAUUGCUGCUGGAGAAGCCCAAGGAGGCGCUGAGUGAGAUUCUGAGGAUCAUUCGCUUUGAUCGGACGAGUGUUGGACGGCUGAAGGAAAAUGCACAGUCCUGUAUGCUGGUACGAACCGAAGAGGUUAUGUAUGUUAGUUUUACAGUAUUACUGAAUGGCUAGCUUUUUUUAUUUGUUGUAGGUUCAGCGGUGUCAGGCGGAGAAUUUUGUGUUUUUAGGGAAUCAUGAAGCAUUUCUAAGUGUGUGGAAGACGAGGGAUAAUGAGAAACAAUCUGGAAUUGAGGUACGUGCAGCUAAUAUAUAUAUAUCAAGGGUUGUGAGAAUUUUACGUUGAAUUACUGUCUAGCAAGUGGCAGUGAAUGAUUCCAGAUCAGCUCUCGUUGAAGCAAUGGACUUUGAUGCAAACUACAACGCGCUCGUGAUUCUUUGUGAAGGGAAACUGUCUUGGUAUGGAUAUUGAGUUAGCAUAGUGUACUGGAGAGGACAUAUUUAACCGCCUUGUGUACUCUGUGGUAGGUGGAACUGGCGCGAUAUGACCGAGUUGUUCGAGGCAGAUAUUUUCAGAAUAAUGAGCUUUGCAGUGAUUAGAAGCUGUGGAGAGAACGGGGCAGAAUCUACCUUGCUUCUCGCUGUCGGGUCUUCUGAUGACGGGACAUCAAUGUCAACGUUUCAAUUGGUUCGGAUUCGGCGUACAGAAUCUGGUGCUGCGAACGCUAAAGUGGUCUCAAGACUGGAGUGGAUCGAUUGCCUGAAGUCCAAUAUCGUACACAACGUAGUGCUUUUUGCGACGACUAGUGAUAUUAGUCGCUGUCAAGUGCUCGCAGCAUGCCAAACCAACCGUGGGGUCACCAUGGUUCUGCUGCGAGAAGAUGUCGAAAAUUCGACAAGUGAAGCAGACGAAAGUGUUGAGAGUGAAGAUCGAGAAACGGUAUUCGAGGAAGAUGCUGUCACGAUAGCCGAGUCUCUUGUGGACACACCUAUGUCGUCCCUCAUGCAGAAAGGAGUAAUACAGCAGUAUCAAGGCAAGCUGAAAGUCUGUACGAGCAGUAUUGGAGAUAACGAGGAUGAAACUCGUGUUAUUUUGAAAGAUUUAGUUCAUGUUGCAUCGAAUAUCCGCGAGUACACAAGUUCAUCGCCAAGGUCAUCACUACGCAUGGCAAGUUUACUGCGUUGGUGUGAUGAAAUCAGUGAAUUGUCGUACCAAUGGACCACAUUUCAGCUACUCCGAAGCUCAUCGACUGCAGAAACAAAAGGAAAUACGCUACGUGAACAAUGGCAUCAAUUUCGGGCGAUAUCUGUGGUUGAAUUGCUGGAAAAAUACCUCAAAUUGGGCUCGAUGCGAGCCGUCAGGAUAAUGUGGGGACGCCACGUCGAUGACGCUAGCGUUCGCAACAUUGGUACACUAUUGGAGAACCUUCCCGCGUCGCUCCCAGUCUCAGUGUAUGCAAGUUGGCUCCAGAACGAAGUUAUACCAGUCUUGAUCCAUCACGCUGACCAAACACAAUCCCUUGAAGCAGAUACGACUACAGAGACUGGAACUAGACCUCUGCUUGACCAGGUAGCGCUCUGGGUCCUGAAGAGGGCUGAAGAUACAGCAGCUAACAGUGAUUUGGACACCGCUAUUCGCAUCUGUAAUGUACUUAAACCUGAAAGUGGAGAGAACGGUGCGAUGCUUUCCUUCUACGAGUUUAGGAGGCAUACGUCGAGAUCGGCUCAAGAGGAGUCGAAUGUCUUUGAACGUAUCGAACGUUUGAGUGAAAAGCUACGACACGUCCAGCGUCUCGCAGCGGAGCACCAUUUCGUUAUCUCACUGUCAGUAUUUGAAGACGAAACUCCUGCAACUAUCGCGAUGAGUAUGCUUGACCGUGUGUUGGAUACUGCGUCGCUCAAGACCGCAAUCGAGGAUCAUGUUAGAAAAUAUCUUGAAUUCUGUAGCGUUGAGAUUGAUCCAGUUCUUCACGACUACGUUAAAGAACUGGCAGAAUCCAUCCAGACUCCUCAAUCCGCUGAAGAAACGAGAGCUCUAGUGCUGCUGGAUGAAAUUUCGGAUACUAACGUUCGUAUUGACGCUACACUGGCCUUGUUGAGGUCAACACUGCCUCCGUAUUCCGAUGCACUGAAGAAGCACGCACACAACUGCACUCAGUGGAAGUCUGAGAGACAAGAUGAACUGGAAGAACAUGUGCGAUUGAUGGAGAUCCAGGAUAUGUUGACCAAGUAUGGCAUCAAGCAGUUCGAUAUUGCCGAUACAAAGAGCGCGUCACGAUUGGUGUCACACAUCUUGAACCAAGUCUCAAUACCCUCAGCUUUUGUGGAUGCGAUGCUGUUGGUUGAUGCGUACAGUGAUCUCUGCUGCGAUCGAGCAGUAGUUGGAUAUACGGAAAACUUGUUAACGGAGUGUGAUACAAUGACAACGGAUGGUCUUUUAAACGAGGUUUCAGCCAGAGUGACCAAGGCGAUGGAAGCAUUUGAAGAAGUCAAGAAACGGAGAGAUCCCAAGUCCAACGUGAUGCUUUACGCGUCCAUUAUGGAAGAAAUUGUCGAGUUUGGCGUGACGUUGUUGGAGCUGGAGGCUGAGGAGAUGAAUGGAGAAGACGAUGCUAAGUCGCAGUCGUUUAUUCUGUGUAUGAUCAAGUCUCUGGUUGACGUUUAUUUACACGAAUUGAAGACGCUGUUGGAAUUAGCGGGUACCACUAGAGAUGACUCGAUCAUCGCAUACGUUGAAAGCUCCGACUAUUUGCUAUCUGACACGUUAUUGACGGAUUUGCAGAGGAUUUGCCAGGUUGAAGCGGAAUUCGGUCUCCUGCUUUCUAUCUCAACGCUACGGGAUCCAGACAAGUGCGAGGCGAAGCUGAAACAGUUGAUAAAACCCGAUAUCCUGUUUGCUGAAGACGACAACGAGCAAGAACCAGCCGUGUCAGUGACCUACGUUGCAAAGGGUAAAGGCAAAAAGCGUGCUCUGGCGUCGAAUGAAAGCAGCUCUUCUGUUGCUGAAAAGAGACAGCGAACAAGCCACAACAUCGAGAGUCACGGACUGCAGCAAGACGACAAGAGGACUCGACUUAUCUUUGACAUAAAUCGCUUUGCGUCUGCCGUGGGUAUCGACGCCAAGGCCUGUCGUUCGCUUAUCGCCCAGAGCGCUGCUAACAGUGGCUCCAUCCUACAAGCUGUUCGGUUCUCUCGAGAAUUAUUCUCCAAGAGAGCGAACGCAGAAGUCGAUCGCUCAGAGCACGAGUUCCGUCCGGCCGAAGCUCUAAAGAAAACCGCGAUAUCUCUUUCAUUGUACACGUCAAGCCACGUGAAGGAAAUUUACGACACGCCGUUUACUCGAAGUCAGCAGUAUUUACCAGCUCAAGUGGCGCGAGUUCAAGCGCCGAUGUACACGCUGGAGCUGCUACGAUACGCGCUUUGUAUGUGCGAGAAGGAUUCGUUCGACGAGACGUUGAUUCUCUUCAAGAACACGUUGCUCGUGAACGAAAUACUACAGUUCACACAGCACAACGUCUCGAACACUACAGCACCGUGGACGCUGUACCCUCGCUGGUAUCGAGGAGAUGCAUGUGCCUUGUCCAGCUACGAAGCCAUGAAGCUCGUGACCAGGUUUGCGAUUGCUGAGCACAAGAAUCUCAGACGAGAAGUCGAAUUCAGAGACACGAUCGCAUCCAAGCGCUACGUGUCGUUCCUCGUGGAACAGCGGGCCGAUCUGCUGAGUCUACAGGCGUUGAUGUCCAUGCAAGAACUACCUGAAGACGCCGCGAUCGUCGUCAACACGCAGAUGGGGAAGCUCUUAUCGACUGUCUUCCAGUCACAAGAGAUCGACAACUAUUUAGCUCUCGGAUUGAUGCUGUCGAUGAAGCAGGAGGACGCGUUUCAUGCUUUUCGAAGGCAAAUUUCUCGUGAAAAUGUGGCGAAAGACUUCAAUCGUUUCCAGAAGCUUGCGUUCAUUGGUGCUGAUGCUGCAAGAGCCUGGCAGCAAAUCGCAUUUUUGCACCAAUGUGUCGAGUUGGAAGGCAAUGCGAGGUGGUGGCAUUACCUCAAUCUACUUGGCAUUGAGUGCGACCACAAGGCUUUCCAAACUGAACGUCGGGACUUGCAGUACAUUCGUCGACUCGUGCCGCAGCUGAUCACUCGGAGUAACUAUGACUUUUACACGAUACUGGAGUUCACGCGUCACUACCAGAUCGAAGACAGUUUCCCGUCACUCGUUUAUGCUGAAGCUCUGUUGUUGGACGAGUCUUCUACAAACCUCGAGUACCAGGACAAAAUUGUUGGUGUUAUUGAUGAAAUUCACGAGCAGCAUUUGGUGAAACUUUUACUGAAAAGUAUUCCAAGAAUUUCGGGUCGAGAUUAUGAUCGGCUGCUAUUUAUUUUUCGGCUAUUGCUCGAGAACACGGUGUAUCGUGAGCGAGAAGAAGUGGAGCGACGAGUGGACGUUUUGCGUCAUUUAAAAGCGUUUGUUGCGUCUCAAAGUAAAGAGAAUAGUGACAAGAAGGUCUCAUUUCAUGAGCUUAUCACAAAACCUCGAGAGGUGCUGUCUCGACUGGUGACUAAGGAGAACUUUAACGCUGUAGUUGGACUGGUGGAGCCUCUUCGACUGGAACCCGAUGAGCUCCAAAUGUUACUCUUGAAGAAUAUGAUCACAAAUUUCAAGUUAAAGACAGUGGACGGAGAAACAAGUGUCAAGUUCAGUGCGUUUGAAGACAUAUUGGUGUGUUUAAGCGAUACGGAGAGCCGUGUGACUGCGGCUGAGUGGCUCGCUGAGAACUUUCCAUUAGGCGGGGAGAAGCUGAAAGCUCUGGAAUUUGCUCUAAAGGCUGCUGUAUUUGGUCAAACUGACUCGGAAGACCCGUCCAGUACGUCGUUCAUUGGACAUGAAGCUCAGGCACGACUGGAAACCAAAAUUUUACGAGUUAAAGUGGAAAUGUUGUUUCGAAAUGCCACAUCGCAAGUGUCAAGUGUGGCGGACGUGAUUAAUGACAAGGAACUAACAAAUCAGCUGCUUACAUUGGUGACGGAGCCUAAAAAACUCUUCAAAGAGUUGUACAGACGAUACGCGCUAGUGUUCUACAAUCACAAUAGUGACAUGCUCCAUGCAGUGGCUAGUAGUAUUGGAGAUCUGCUUGAAUUACCACAAGAGAAGAUUCGACUUGAUCUGGUUUGUGAGUGGCUCGUCAAAGACGCUGUGCAUAUCGGGAAAGAGGAUUCGAGUGAAGACACCAAGGAGGAUCCGUUUGAGCUUAUUACGGAGGAAAAACUUCACCAAGCAGAUGAAAAUUUCGGGAAGAAAAUCCUCUACUUGACGAGUGCUAGUGUGAAGGCUGGAGACUUGUUUGGUCACCAAGUUCUGAGUUAUCUCAUCGAUUUUGCUAAAGAUCCGCGGCCACGGGCUGGUGUCACGUAUCGAGCGAAGAUGAGGGCGCUCCGUGUGAUCUUGCGGCUGGGCCAACUGUAUCAUGCUGCUGUCGAGCGGUUUGUCACUACCAAGUACGGCAGUGAUAACACCGACCUGUUCUUUAAGGAACUGCUGGAGCAUUCGAAGCACUACAAUCAUUUGAUGACGUUUGAAGAACAUCGAGUACCCUACGACAUGAGUCACUUGUUGGAGAGCGAUAAAGAGGCCCUCACACGUAGUUUCCUGCGACGAUGCCCUCCUAAGCAGCGCUGGGUGCUGCGUUGUGCCAGCCAACUCAUGCUUGACUUUGACGUAGCAGCGACGGAUUUAUGGGAGGACGUUCUGACAAACAUGUUGCAAUUGGGAAUGGUUCGAUCAUUAGCGGCUAUCAUGGGGUCACUGAGCAGGAAGCCGUUCGUACGAUCAUUGAGCUGUGGCCAGCAAGUGUGGGAAAAGGUUUUGACCUCGCCGAUGAUCCAUUUGAAGCGCAAGCAUAACCAGUUAAAACGCUAUAAAACUGCUCAAGAUCGUCGCGAAACGAAGGAUAGCGAUGAUUCCUUGCGCUUUGCUGGGAUCCACGUCUCCAGCGUGCGCUCGGUCAUGCAGAGAACGGUAGUUCUGCUUCAAAGAUGUCCUUUUCUCGACCAAAUCGACGUGCCUGCAUUGGUGGUUCAUCUGCGAGAUCUGAAUGCGGUGGCAGAGGAGGAACCUGAUGGAGCAGGAAUCGUUAGACAUCUUGAUUUGUACGGUUUUGCCGUUAAAUGUGCCAUGGUUAUUCCAAAUCCACGUGCUCGAUUCGAGGCGCUGAUGAGAAUUAUUCACGCUGGAGCAUACAGUUCAGUGCUUUAUGAACUGCUGGACGCGUCGUGCUUUUUUGAUGAGAACAUUGGUGGAGAGAAUGGAGAAUUCGCUGACAACUGCCGCUUGAUGCAAGAGAGUUUUUCCGAAGCAGCAAGACGAAAGGACUACGCUUCGAUCCUGGGCACUCCGCUUGAGCCGGGCUUCGUGGAGUAUCUCGCCGCUACUGGAGACAUCGACUAUCUCCUGUCGUUAUUAUUGGAGGAUAAGCGGAUGGACACAGCGUUAACGGCCGUGGAGCUUUACUUUGAGUUUCACCCCGCAGCAGCGCCAUCACUUGAAGACACCCAGUCAAGCGAAGAGAAGACAGACGCAAGUAGCAAACGCUGGGAGCUUAUUGACGCGUAUUUGGCUGUUUCAAAAUCAAUACAUCUGGAACGCUUCCGCGCGUUGUAAACAAAGCAGAAGAUUUGUCCGGGUGGUAUUACGCGUAAUAAUUACGCUAUGUCCAACCACUGACAUAAUAUAGUGAUGCCAGAGGCGGCAUUCAUACUACCGCCAACUGGUUUUGAAGUGUAAGCGAAUGGUUCCUUCAUGAAGAAAACGGCAAACGCAGUUGUCACAACACAAUUAGUAAAGUAUCACAACACUUCUCUCUACCGGCCGCCAACACAUGCGCGUCUACUUAUUUCUACUCCUAAGUGUGGCGACCCUGCUCAACAGUAGCUACACUGCAGCAGUCAAGCUUCAGACGUCUCUCCAAUCAAUCGAUGCUGCUGAUAUGAGCGACCAGAUACUGAGUACCGAAACAACAAGUGGUUAGAUCGAGAACAUGGACGACGAGGAGAGGGCCGGGGUCUCGAAUCUUGUGGCAAGUACGUCGAAAUAGUUUAAGGAAGCCAAACUGAAUUGGAGUAGAUAUGCAGUACAGGCAACGGGAAUUUCAGGAGUUGAAAAACAAUUAGUUGACAUCGCCCAUAAAUGGACAGAGUUGAACGAAAAAAUAUCCCAA